UCAAUAUCUCAGCAGGCCCUGUAAGAAAAAGGGAAACUUAAGGAUGCUGGAGCAGAACAAUGGAUUUCUCCUUCUCUUUCAUGCAAGGGAUCAUGGGAAACACAAUUCAGCAACCCCCUCAGCUUAUUGACUCCGCUAACAUCAGACAGGAGGAUGCCUAUGAAGCCAUCAGUGACCCAGGAGAUGAUGGAGGACAGCAAAACUUUGAUUCUCCUUUGGAGUCAGGCUUUCCUUACCCUGCUGAAGACCUCCCAGUCAUUACAAACGGCUACCCGACAGGCGUAGGUACCUAUGAGCAACAGGCCAAGUUUGCCUUGUACUCUCAGUUCCCCAAUGGCUCAGCUAAUGGCUACGGUGCCAUACGAAACUAUGGGGAUCACGGUUUGCUGCUUGGUGAAGGCACUGUAUUGAGACCACCAGUGGUCCAGGAGAAGCCCCCAAGCCACAUCUCACCUCCACCUCAUCCCCAUAAGAGAAUUGUGGUGUACAAGGGUGAGAGCCAGUUCGAGGAGUUGCAAGCAGAAACACUCCGGAAAGCAACCAACCCAACUGAGAAACAAAAGUUGUUGAAGCCUCAGUCCCAGAAGGAGCGUGCCCAAUGGGAAGUGGGUGUGGGUCACGCAGAAGCCGCUCUGCAGAUGACACGAGAAGAACGCAAUGAGAACUACACCUUCAUCUACAUUGACAAGGAACCCAGUGCUGCUGCUCCUGCUCCUGCUGCUGACACUGUGACCUCACCUAGGGCGAUCAGUAAAAUCCGCCCAGAACGCAAGCAGAGACGCUCUAAAGGCAGUGCUGGAGCGAAAGAAGAGCACAUACCUCGUCGGCAGCAGCCACGGAGGCAGUGCAGCAUCAAUAGUAGUGGAGAAACAUCAUCUCCCAAUCAGGGAGAGGAUGAUAUGGACCAAGAGCAACCCCACAGCCCUGCAAAACCUGACCCCCACCCCAAGGAACCCUCCCCACCUCCAGUUAGGACACCCUGGAAGACCGCCGCAGCCCGCAAGCUCCUCCCACUCUCCAUUACUAUGAAGAAACUAAACGUGGAGAUCAUCAAAUGUGACUGGCAGCUCCCAAAACAAAAGUUGGACUUACCUAAGAAGAUGGAGAGUGAGGAGAGGCCCAGCGAUCAGGUUCAGUCACCUGAGGUAGAAAUUAAAAAAUUAAGUUAUGCAAAGGUGUCAAAUAAUAAGGAAACUUUUUUUCUGGGGUUUUUUUUUUGUUUUGUUUUUGUUUCCUCACAGGCUGAAGCAGCGCCUCAAAUGGAUUUCAAAACGGGGUCGCAAAAAGGUGCCAGUGAGAUCUCAGACUCGUGUAAACCACUGAAGAAACGCAGCAGAGCAUCUACUGAUGUGGAGAUGGCCAGCUCACUGUACAGAGACACUUCCGACUCUGACUCCAGAGGCCUCAAUGAUCCACAGACUGGAUUCGGGAAGCUCUCGGACAGUCCUGCUACAGUAGAUGCUGACGGAUCUGAUGCGCAGUCCGUGGACUCCAGCCUGUCGCGUCAAGGAGGAAGUUCCUCAAAAAAGGACACAGUCUGCCAUGUCUGUGAAACAUUCGGGGAUUCUUUGGUGAGCUGUGAGGGAGACUGUAACAGGCUGUUUCAUCCAGAGUGUAUUGGAUCUAACAGUGGAACAGAUGGAGAACAACUGUGUCAGGAGUGUAAGACCGGUUCCCACCCUUGUUUCUCCUGCAAGGUCAUGGAGGGUGACCUGAAGCGGUGCUCAGUGAACGGUUGUGGGCGCUAUUAUCACGAAACAUGUGCCCGCAAUUACACUGGCACCACCACCGAUACUAGAGGCCUCCGCUGCCCUCAGCACAGCUGUGCCACAUGCUGUCUCGACAGAGACCUUCACAAAGCUGGCAAAGGCCGUAUGAUGCGAUGUAUCCGCUGUCCGGUGGCGUAUCACACAGGAGACGGUUGUGUGGCGGCUGGCAGUGUGUUGAUAACACCCCACAUCAUCAUAUGUAGCAACCACUCCAGUUCCAGGAAGAACGGACACUUUUCCUCACCUGUAAACGUAGGCUGGUGUUUCAUCUGCGCUCGAGGGCUUUUAGUGCACGACCAUACUGACACCAUAUUAAGUUCAUAUACCUUUAAGUCGCACUACCUUCUGACUGAGUCAAAUCGUGCUGAGUUGAUGAAAUUACCUAUGAUUCCUUCUUCUUCGUCAGCUACCAAAAAGAAUAUUGGGAAAGGAGGAAGACUGUUGUGUUGUGAGGCCUGUCCCGCCUCGUUCCACCCCGAGUGCUUGAACAUGGAGAUGCCAGAGGGGACGUGGCUGUGUGGGGAAUGCCGAGCGGGCAAGAAACCCCACUAUAAGCAGAUAGUCUGGGUCAAGCUGGGCAACUACAGGUGGUGGCCAGCUGAGAUAUGCAACCCUCGCCUGGUUCCCUCCAACAUCCAGACCUUGAAGCAUGACAUUGGCGACUUCCCAGUCUUUUUCUUUGGCUCCCAUGACUAUUACUGGAUAAACCAGGGCAGAGUUUUCCCGUAUGUUGAGAGCGAUAAGAACUUUGCAGAGGGACAAGUUGGCAUCAAUAAGACGUUUAAAAAAGCACUUGAGGAGGCAGCAAAAAGGUUUCAGGAGUUAAAAGCACAGCGAGAAACUAAGGAGGCCCUCGAACAGGAGCGAAACUCUCGCAGACCCCCACCAUACAAAUUUAUCAAGUCCAAUAAGCCAGUUGGGAAGGUGCAGGUGCACGUCGCUGACCUCUCAGAGAUCCCCCGCUGCAACUGCAAACCCACAGAUGAGCGUCCGUGCAGCCAGGACUCUCAGUGCCUGAACCGCAUGCUGCAGUAUGAAUGCCACCCGCAGGUCUGUCCCGCAGGUGACCGCUGCCACAACCAGUGCUUCUCCAAACGCCUCUACCCCGACACUGAGGUCAUUAAGACCACCGGCCGAGGAUGGGGCCUAAAGACCAAGCAGGACCUCAAAAAGGGUGAUUUUGUCAUGGAGUAUGUUGGCGAACUGAUCGACUCCGAGGAGUGCAAGCAACGAAUAAGACAUGCCAAUGAGAACCAUGUGACCAACUUUUACAUGCUGACCCUCACAAAGGACCGUGUGAUUGAUGCUGGACCCAAAGGGAACUUGUCACGCUUUAUGAACCACAGCUGCAGUCCCAACUGUGAGACUCAGAAGUGGACCAUAAAUGGAGAUGUUCGGAUAGGGCUCUUUACCUUGUGUGAUAUCGCUGCUGACACGGAGCUGACCUUUAAUUACAACCUGGACUGUCUGGGUAAUGGGAGGACAUCAUGCCACUGUGGGUCCGAGAACUGCAGUGGUUUUCUUGGAGUCAAGCCCAAGAGUGCAGUGGUUAUGGAGAGAGAAGAGAAAGUACGCAAUGCUAAGCUCAAGCCCAAGAAGCGCAAGCUGAAGACUGAGAGCAAACAGACCCACGAGUAUUACUGCUACAGCUGUGGAGAGGGAGGAGAGCUGGUCAUGUGUGACAAAAAGGAUUGUCCGAAGGCCUACCAUCUCCUCUGCCUCAACCUGACCAAACCUCCAUACGGGCGAUGGGAAUGCCCCUGGCAUCAGUGCAGUGUGUGCCAGCGCACCGCCGCCUCCUUAUGCCACUUCUGCCCCUCCUCCUUCUGCCGAGAGCACGAGAGAGGACAGCUGCUAGUGUCUGCCCUGGAUAAUCGGCCCUGCUGCUCAAACCACGACCCCCAGAGACCCUUAGGGCCUCAGGCUAGCCCUAGCCAGGUCACUGGAAAGAAGGAACCGCUCGAAGCCGGAGAGGAGGGGGAGGGCAAUGAGGAGGAAGACGAUGAUGACGAGGGGGGAGAGGGAGAGUGAUUGGGCCAAAGCACAGAGGAAGCAUUGAAAACCACAUCAAAGUACAUGAAAGUUCAAACUACACGAACCGUAGAGUAAAUACAUGCAGUUAGCUGGUCCACUUUUCAAUUAAACCAAGUGGACUUGAUAAACUGGUUUGAUUCAUUCCAAAUCUACAGCAUCUGGUAUGAAUUUUUUGAACAUAUCACAAUUUACGGCCUCGUGUCAAAUUCAUACGGGCUUAUAUAACAAUGUAAGCUACUCAUUCUGGAUUUAUAAGCAAAAUUUCACAGCUAAUUCUCACUGUUUUUCAGAUGUGCUCAAUUUCGGCAAAAAAACUAACUUCUCUGUUAAAACGACGCCUUUCAGUGGCAAAGUCAGUUUCCACAUCUAUGGUACUUAAAAACACUCUAUAAACAUUUUAAACCAAGAACUUUAUUUCUGUACCUCAUGUAAAUAGCAAAGACUGUUGUAAUGUGUGUCGGGCGCAACCAUUCACCCCUCGCCGGUAGGAUUUCACUACAUUUCUAAAUAUGAACCUGUCGUGCUAACAUCUAAAAAAAAAAAAAAAAAAAAAU